AUGGAUACUAAAAAACUAAUUUUAAUGCUUCUGGUAAUAAUUGUCGCAGUGAGUGUUGAAGGGAGAAACAAGAAGAAGAAGAAGAAGAAGAAAGAAUGUACAAAAUUGACAGCAAAUAGUAAUGCUACAAUUAAUUUCGAUUAUCUAGUGUUAACAAUAUCUUGGCUGCCUACCGCCUGUUACGUCUUUCAGAAAGCCAGUUCUAAAUCGUCUUGUAAAAAUCUAUUUAUGCAUAAUAAAUGGUCUAUCCACGGGCUGUGGCCUACGAUGAUUGCCGGAGAAUCUCCAGAAAGUUGCAACUGUUCAACAAAAUUUAAUCACAAUGAAACAAAGACUCUAACUUCUGAGCUUAAUGCUAAAUGGACCAACAUAGAAAGAAAAGAAGGAGAACAUUUUUGGCAACAUGAAUACGAAAAACACGGCUCUUGUGCCAGCUCAAUUGAAGCUUUGAACACUCAAUACAAAUAUUUUGACCAAGGGCUCAAGCUUUUUGAAAAAUAUAACAUUAGUCAAAUUCUCAACAAUAGUAGCAUCAAUGUAGGGAGCAGUUAUAGAGAAGCGGAUAUUGUUGAAGGUUUUAGAAAACAGUUGGGAAAACAGAUAAUUGUUAGGUGCAAGAAUGAUUCGAAAAUGAAAAAAUAUUUUUUGUAUUCAAUUCAAUUGUGCUUCGACAAAUCUUUGAGUCUCACUGAUUGCAUCGCCAAUAGAAACUAUCCGUCUCAGUGUCCACCACCUCUGAGUUCAAAAAAAAUAGAAUUUAGUGGUUUCAGAGAACUUCUAAACAAUUAA